AGUAAAUCUACACACACUGACGCACCAUGACCAACUUUUCCUACAUCUGCACCGUGUGGAUCAGCGUCUGUGUGUACCUCCUCUCUGCAGAACCUGAGAUCAGUGUAUCUGGCCCAGUGGGUUCUACAGCUGUCCUGCCGUGUCAACUGACGAGUGUAGACACUGACAGACUGUAUAUUAGAUGGAACACUGAAUCUGAGAUUGUGUUUGAGCGACUGGGUGAGAGGUCGUAUCAGGGUGAGGGAUAUGAGGGUCGUGUGGACGUUCCUGUGGAGGAGCUGCGUAAGGGGAACUGUUCACUGGUGUUACACAAUCUGACAUUUACUGAUACAGGAGUCUACACCAGCUACCAGACAGUGAGACGCACCAAGAGAUCUGUGGUCUCGAUCAGCCGUGUUAAACUCUCAGUCCAUGAUGUUGAUGAGACUCUCAGUACACAGUGUAAAGAGGUGCUGAUGCAGGUGAAGGAGCUCAUCAUUAGUCUGUACAUUAGAAUAGAACUGAGUUAA